GCUAGCAUUUGAAAUUAUUAGAAACAGAAAUAACCUGCGACCACGUUUUUCCGGCAUCAGUCCGGAGAUACAGUUUUUCAAAAAUAAUAGUCGACGUUUUACCUCAACAAAGUAUUUUUUAGACAACAGUGUAAUUGUUUUUCCAUGGGUAAUAUUUAAUUGAUUGAUCAUCAGCAAUAAUUAUAAAUAAUAAACAAAUAAAAAAUCGUGGCUGUGUAUCAAUAAGAUGGCGAGCACGGGUUGUUCAGCAUUUUCUCAUGACGGUCAAUUCUGGGCUCAUUGUGGCCGGGAUGGAAAAUUAAAAAUAUGGGAGACUUCAACAAAUCGAUUUAAGCGAGAGUUUAUUCCAGAUUUACAUUUGUCUUCUGGCUGUAGUGUCUUGCAAUGGAUAACUGUCGGUCAACAAUCAACAACGCCAUCGCCAUGGAAGAAGCGGAAAAGAAAAUCCGCGUCAAUUGUAGAGGACAUGGAGCAGAAACAAAUGAUUGCCAUGGGUACAGUUGAUGGGAAAGUUAUUAUUUACAAUCCGUCAUCGGCUUCGGCUGAUAAAGUCCUGGAGAAUGGACACUCGGCAGCGGUGACUGCUAUCACUUGGUCGUCGACUGGACUCUUUACGGCAGCGGAUGACCACCAGAUCGUCGAGUGGAAUAUCCAGGAGGGCGGAAUAAAGUGCAAGUGGAAAUCCGGAAAGAACAAAGUCACCGCGUUGGUUGCUUCUGCGGAUGGGAAAUAUAUUAUUUCUGCUGAUAGAUCAAUUAAAUGCUGGGAUCUAGAGAGCAAACAACUUGUUGGAACUUUCACUGGACAUGCUAAUCAAAUAGUAUUUUUAAAGUCUGUACAAAUUGAUGAUAAUAAUUAUGUUAUCAGUGGUGCUAAUGGUGAUUCUUAUCUUUGUAUCUGGUCACUUUCUGAGCAGGGAAAAAAAAAUAAAACAUCGAUAGCAACGUUGACGAUGCAAGACGACCCGGUAUCAGUAUCCGUAAAAUUAAAUGAAAAUUCGCAAAUAAUUAUUCUCGCGACAAAUAGAUCCGGACAAUGUCAUUUGUUCGUUUAUCAACCAAACGGCGUGUGCAUUAAACCACUAAAACCAACAGUUACCGUCAUAAUAACGACAGAAAGUAUCAGCAAAGAGACAGCGUCAAUACCAAUACAGUCUUCGCAUUUAACAGAAGACAAUAAAAUGCUCAUAGCGUUUGGCUCCUUGCUGACAUUGACUUUCGACCGCGUGGUGCCGGAUCUCACUGACAAAAUCCAGGUGUUGGUGCGCAAAGACAUCAAGUGGACGAAGGACAAAAAAGAAGAGGCAGUAACUAAAGUUAAGAAUGCCAUAACUGAUGGUGAUGUCGAGUAUCUGGCUCCCGGAGCUCCUAACUCAGUAGUUAAGCGCACGAAAGGUUCAUCUGGUGGUUCACAGUUACCUUUACAAGACAGACUAGAAAAUUUGAGUUUGAAUGUCGAAGCGUACGCGUCAGCGAGUGGCAAAACUCCGACGAAGGGAACCAACAAGACGCAAUUGCUAAUGCAAGGAUUGAGUAGUAAAGACAAAAAUAUAUUGACGACUGUGCUGUAUAUAAGAGACGAAAAUGUUAUAAAAAACACAAUUGUAAAUCUACCGGUCCAGGCUGUGAAGCCGCUGAUUGUUGAACUGAUGGGAAUGCUGCAGGGUAAAACUUUCCCAAGUAAAAUAGCAGUCAUGUGGAUUAAAAUUCUUAUAACAACUCAUGCUGCUCAUUUGCUCUCGUUGCCUGACAUCGACGAGUUACUGGGUCCUAUGCUCGGUUUUAUUGAAGAUAAACUGACGAUUUUGCCAGAGUUAUCCAGACUGAGAGGUCGCGUCGCUCUUGUCACUGGUCAAAUAUCACACUUGAAUGAUAAACAGUCUGAUGAUAUUACCAAUGAAUGUCUUCUCACUUAUCAAGACCCAGACUCGGACGCUGAAGAUGAGGAUGACAUUGAUAGAGUAGAGGCUGCCAGCGAGUCAGACGAAAAUUGGGACGAGAUUUCAGAUCAAGAUGACAUGCAAGAAGAUAUGGAAAACGGGAGAUCGGAUCUUGACGAUGAUGAUGCUUCGAUUUGCAGUUAAAUUUAUUAAAUAUUUUCUGUAUUUUUGUGGUAAUAUUUGAUAAGUUGUAUGUAAAAUAUGUAAGAGUAUUUUUACAUUAAAUUUAUUUUAUAAAUUA